AUGAGUCGUAACACGACACAGAACCCCCCUCCCCUAUCCCAGUCCUGCGCCAAGACACAGAGCUCAGCAGCCCCGGGCCAAGACACAGAGCUCCGCAGCCCCGGGCCAAGACACAGAGCUCCGCAGCCCCGUGCCAAGACAAAGAGCUCCCAGCCCCGUGCCAAGACACAGAGCUCCGCAGCCCCGUGCCAAGACACAGAGCUCCCCAGCCCCGUGCCAAGACACAGAGCUCCCAAGCCCCGUGCCAAGACACAGAGCUCCGCAGCCCCGUGCCAAGACACAGAGCUCCACAGCCCCGUGCCAAGACACAGAGCUCCCCAGCCCCGUGCCAAGACACAGAGCUCCGCAGCCCCGGGCCAAGACACAGAGCUCCGCAGCCCCGGGCCAAGACACAGAGCUCCGCAGCCCCGUGCCAAGACACAGAGCUCCCAGCCCCGUGCCAAGACAGGGCUCCCCAGCCCCGUGCCAAGACACAACGCUCCCAGCCCCGUGCCAAGACACAGAGCUCCACAGCCCCGUGCCAAGACACAGAGCUCCACAGCCCCGUGCCAAGACACAGAGCUCCUAGCCCCGUGCCAAGACCAGAGCUCCUAG